GGGACGUGCCUGCUUGGAAGCCUGGCACGGUCACGAAGGAGACGGCGAAACGCAGGAUGGCGAAGCCUGCUGGAAGCGAAAUUACGAGGUCUUGGCGAAGAGAUCUGCGCUUUUCUGAAACAACAAGAGGAUAAAAGGCUGGGGUUCGGCCGCUGCCCUGCGGACGCCGCACUCACUGUCAAACAGUGACCUCCAGAGGACAGACGGAGAACUGCAGCCCGCGCCGGUUAACUGGAGUCGACUCUUCUGCUGCUGCAAACUCAUUAUUUGAGGCAUAGGCGUUAAACUAAUGCCCUGUGACUUGAAUUUGCUGGCUGAGAGAAUGUCUACAUGCAGAGAUGUGAAGUCUGAGGUCCGUGAACUGCUGAAAGAGCUGAUGUCGGGUCGCGAGGAUCCGGAUGGGUUUUUCUGUGUGUGUUUGUCACUGCUGGGGGACACCGACACCCGAACACACUUUCUGGACCUAAUCAAACCUCUUUUAAGCGGACAUGAACUCCUGCACAGUCAGCUGAUUGCAACCUUCCUAGAGUACUUCUCUAAGGAUGAAGCAGAUGGAUUAGAGUUGGCCUUAACACUCUCUGUUAAUGAAACCGAACAAAUCAAACCAGAUCAUCAGCCUCAUGUGCCUCCCUGUUAUAAAAGCUGCGCCGGCAUGACUGCUGUAACUUCAGGUUUUGAUCAGCCAAACCUCAAUGCAGCAGAGAGCCAGGCUGCUGCGAAAAGGACGCUAGAUAAUGAAGUACAUAAAACCGCAUGCGCCAUUAAAAACACAAAUGAAGACAAUGACGAUCUCAAGGUCACGAAGUCAACGAGGUCACAAAGACGUCGGCAGCGGAAGAAGCAGCAUUUGUUGAAGAACCCAUCGGGACCGCGACCGGUUCUGCUCUGGUUCAGAAGGGACCUCCGUAUGUGGGACAACCCUGCUCUGAUUGGCUCCUUUGAGCUUGGUGCGCCUGUCAUUCCCGUCUUCCUGUGGAACGCGGCGGAGGAGGAGGGUCCAGGGGUCACUGUGGCCGCCGGCGGGGCGUCCAAAUACUGGCUGCAUCAGGCACUAGUGGGUCUGAGUCGCUCUCUGGAGCAGCGUGGAAGCCACUUGGUCACCUUGAAGGCAGAGGCCUCGUCUUUGACAGCGCUGCAAGGGUUGAUCGCUGAGACGGGGGCAGGGUCGGUCGUGGCAACGGCCCUGUAUGAGCCAUGGCUGAAGGAAAGAGAUGAGCGUGUGUGGGAAGCGCUGGAGAAACAAGGUGUCAAGUGCCGUGUCUAUCACUCUUACUGCCUCAGAGACCCCUACACAGUCAGCACUCGGGGCGUUGGGCUGCGAGGCAUCGGCUCUGUCUCUCACUUCAUGAACUGUUGCCAGCAGAACCCCGGCAGUAGACUGACCGCCCCGCUGGACGCUCCCGUUGUCCUGCCUGCUCCCUCGACAUGGCCGAAGGGAUGCCCGCUUGCUGACCUGGGACUGGCACGCAUGCCACGCAGGAAAGAUGGCACAGAGAUUGAUUGGGCCGUGAACAUUCGGAAAUCGUGGGACUUCAGUGAGGAAGGAGCUCGUGCCCGUCUCGAGGCCUUCCUGCGAGAUGGUGUGUACCAUUAUGAGAAGGAGUCGAGUCGUGCGGAUGAGCCCAACACCAGCUCUCUAUCUCCAUAUCUGCACUUUGGGCAGCUAAGUGCACGCAGCUUAUUGUGGGACGCCCGUGGAGCUCGCUGCAGACCUCCCAAGUUCCAACGCAAACUGGCCUGGAGGGACCUGGCAUACUGGCAGCUGUGCCUUUUCCCAGACCUUCCCUGGGAGUCCCUCAGGCCACCGUACAAGUCCCUGCGUUGGAGCUCAGACCCUGUCCAUCUGAAGGCAUGGCAGCGUGGAAGGACAGGAUACCCGCUGGUAGAUGCUGCCAUGAGACAGCUGUGGCAGACUGGCUGGAUGAACAAUUACAUGAGACACGUGGUGGCCUCCUUCCUCAUCGCUUAUCUACAUAUUCCCUGGCAGGAAGGAUACCGCUGGUUUCAAGACACUCUGGUAGAUGCUGAUGUUGCUAUAGAUGCCAUGAUGUGGCAGAAUGGAGGAAUGUGUGGACUGGAUCACUGGAACUUCGUGAUGCACCCUGUUGAUGCAGCGCUGACCUGUGACCCCUAUGGCACUUUUGUGCGACAGUGGUGUCCUGAACUGAAAGCGCUUCCUAAUGACCUCAUCCAUAAGCCCUGGAAGUGCCCAGCAUCGAUGUUGCGUAGAGCAGGUGUGGUUUUAGGCAGCAGCUACCCAGAACGGAUCAUUACUGACCUCGAGGAGCAACGUGCACAGUCUCUAAAGGAUGUUGCAUCUGUGAGAAGGCGUUUUAAGGAGUUUGUAGACCAGCGAUCAGGCUGUGACAUGGUACCUGUUCCUCCAAGGCUGGUGCAGGAAGCUCUGGGUAAUUUGGAGGAUGUUGUGAGUCACAAAGGAACCGGCUUUCUCCUCCCAGUCAUCACCCGCAUGGAGUUUAAACACCACUCAGAGGACCCAGGUAACCAAGAUAACCCGUACAGCUCUGUGCUGAAGGGCUACAUCAGCCGCAAACGGGACGAAACCAUUGCCUUCCUAAACGAGCGAGACUUCACAGCCAGUGUGAUUUUUGAGAGCGCACAGCGUAGAGAGAGGGUAGAGAAGGACCGGUGUCUUCUGGAGGGUCUGCCGAAACCCACAGACUUGUUCGGCCGGGCCAGACGUAAACCAACCAGAGACCCUUACAGCAAAGUGCCUGGAGGUGUCACUGUUCCCCACAGAUAACAGGCUGACUCGUCCAAGCUGGAAUACACUACACAGUUUUGCAGAUUUAUAACCAAUUUGCAGGAUGAGCCAACUCCGGUCAGUCAGUCUGCACAUUUUCGGCUGUCAGAGUCGAUUUCACCCAUAUUCAUGUGGUGUGUUAUUGGGACAGACUCAGAUUUUUUAGCUUCAGACUUUGAUCCAGUCUGAGGAAAUCAAACGUAUUUGACAUUUUGAGACCUUAAACAACCCACUAGCAGCGUCUGAAACCACAUACUAGUCUAUAGGUAAUACAGUUGGUUUGAAAUUUACCACACAAGCUCUAAAAAAAGCAUGUCGUAUGUAUAAUAUGGGGGGUAUGAAUCCACUAGGUUGUUAUUGUUUUCAUCUUUAGAUAGACUGUUAUCAUUGCUUAUGUGUUUAUAUAAUGUAUCAUUACUUAUAUAAGUUAUCAGACUUUUUUAGCUGGGAGGUAUGACAGUCGGAAAUCUUAUUCUUUUAUUACAUCUAGAGAUCAGAAUAACAGGAUAUUAUUUUGACCUUUAAGCAGCUGUAUUGCAAAGCAAGUACGGUCAGCUUUUCACGUCGACUAAAAAAAACGCAGCAUGAGCAAGUUUUUUCUCUUUGUACAAACACAUCCAUCAUAGUGUUAGAAAUGUAACUUUUUUCA